AUCUUUGUAUUCGCGGCGCUGCCCAUUACGGCCCUGACGGCCCUCAGCAAGAGCAGUGUGGGAAAGCAGGUGCAGCAGCAGCUAGAGGCGCGGUUGCCCGAGCUCCGAGCCGAGGCUGAAAGGCAGCGGCAAGCACACCAGCAGGCGCGGCAGCGGAGCAAAUGGUACGGUGCAUCUCGUCCAAGGUUGCCGGGUCCCUUGGGUGGUGCCCAGCACCUGAACGGCGAAGAGGCGGGCGAUGCGGGGUUCGACCCCCUGGAGCUGGGAAAGGACCCCGGCGCCUUUGCCAGGUUCCGGGAAGUGGAGUUGCUCCAUGCUCGUUGGGCCAUGUUGGGUUUCGUGGGGUGUAUGGUUCCGGAGCUUCUGGCCCUGAGGGGUGUGGAGCUGGGGGAGCCUGUGUGGUGGAAGGUGGGCGCCUCCAAGCUGAAUUCCGAUCUCACGCUGAACUGGGGCGGUAUCGAGGGCUUCAGGAUAGCUGGAAAGCAGGGCAUUGGGCUGAUUGCCGCAUGUCAGGCCGUACUGAUGGGGGGCCCCGAGUACGCCAGAUACGUGGGCAUUCGCUCUCUGGAGCCCGUGGGUGUGUUUCUCCCCGGUGACCAGAAUUACCCGGGGGGUGGCCCCUUCGACCCACUCAACUACGCGGCGGAUGCUGACGGCUUCGUGGACCAGGCAGUCCGGGAGAUUAAGAACGGGCGGCUGGCGAUGGUGGCAAUGCUGGGGUUAUUCGUACAGGCAGCCGUUACGAAAAAGGGUCCUGUACAGAACGUCAUGGAGUUCGUCUCGGAUCCAGCUGGGGAGAACAUCUUCACCAAUGUCGCACGGCUGCUAUAA